GGUCGCGUCGGGAAUCGGAGGCUUCCAGUCGGCCUGGCUCAGGGAUUGCUUAUGCAGUUUGCUCGCCUGGCCGAGGGCUCUCUCUGCUUGUUUGUUUGUUUUUUUUCUUAAGGGGAAAGAGAGUGGAAGGAAGGAAAGAAGGAAGGGGGGAUGCACAGAAUACUGACUGGACGUCAAUGACUGCAGCAUUUCUGACCUGGGGAGCAUAGUUGCAACUCUAUUCUCUUCCUUCCGCUGCUUCAUCGGGUUGAGUUUGUUUCUGGAAUCUCCUCCCCCUUUAAUUGACUGGUGGGUUUGACAGAAUCUGGCCGUUUCCCUCUCUUGAUUUGUGAGGACGCGGCUCCAUCCCUGUGCAGGAUGGAAGUUUUGAAGUCUUGUGUACUUAGAAGAAGUGCAUGUGCCGCCGCCGCCGCCUGCUUCUGGAGAAGCAAAGUUAUCCCAAAGCGACCAUUCAGAGAGAUUAGUACCACGCCUGCCAGGAGCACGGUCAUGCCCGCUUGGGUGAUAGAUAAAUAUGGAAAGAAUGAAGUUCUUCGAUUCACUCAGAGCAUGUUGUUACCCAUCAUACACUACCCAAACGAAGUCAUUAUCAAAGUCCAUGCUGCCAGUGUAAAUCCUAUAGAUGUUAAUAUGAGAAGUGGUUAUGGAGCAACAGCUUUAAAUAUGAAGCGUGAUCCUCUACAUAUAAGAACCAAGGGAGAAGAGUUCCCUCUAACUCUGGGCCGGGAUGUGUCUGGUGUGGUGAUGGAGUGUGGGCUUGAUGUGAAGUAUUUCAAGCCUGGAGAUGAGGUCUGGGCUGCAGUUCCUCCUUGGAAACAAGGCACUCUCUCAGAAUUCGUUGUGGUCAGUGGGAAUGAGGUCUCACACAAGCCCAAGUCACUCACUCAUACUCAAGCUGCCUCUUUGCCAUAUGUGGCUCUCACAGCCUGGUCUGCCAUAAACAAGGUUGGUGGCCUGAACGCCAAGAAUUGCAUGGGAAAACGUGCAUUAAUCUUGGGGGCCUCGGGUGGAGUUGGCACUUUUGCGAUACAGAUAAUGAAAGCGUGGGGUGCGCACGUGACAGCAGUUUGCUCUCAAGAUGCCUGUGAGCUCGUAAGGAAGCUUGGAGCAGAUGAAGUCAUUGAUUACACGUUGGGCAGUGUGGAAGAGCAGUUGAAGUCCUUCAAACUGUUUGACUUCAUCCUUGAUAAUGUGGGUGGAUCGACUGAAACAUGGGCUCUAAACUUUCUCAAGAAGUGGUCAGGAGCCACCUAUGUGACGCUGGUGACUCCUUUCCUCCUGAAUAUGGACCAGCUGGGCAUUGCUGAUGGCAUGUUGCAGACAGGCUUCACCAUGGGGACCAAGACAUUGAAGCAUUUCUGGCAAGGAGUCCAUUACCGCUGGGCCUUCUUCAUGGCCAGUGGUCCAUAUCUAGAUGAAAUUGCAGAACUGGUGGAUGCGGGAAAGAUUCGGCCAGUGAUUGAACAGACCUUCCCCUUUUCUGAAGUCCCAGAAGCCUUCCUGAAGGUGGAAAGAGGCCACGCCCGAGGAAAGACUGUGGUCAACGUCAUUUAAAUAAAGAUGCCCGUGCCACGGGUUAUGGCUUUCCUGUC